AUGACGUCGGUGGCCAAGGUGUACUACAGUCAGACCACUCAGACGGAGAGCCGGCCCCUCGUGGGCCCAGGGGUCCGACGGCGGAGGGUCCUGACAAAAGACGGCCGCAGCAACGUCAGGAUGGAGCACAUCGCCGACAAGCGCUUCCUGUACCUCAAGGACCUGUGGACGACCUUCAUCGACAUGCAGUGGCGCUACAAGCUUCUGCUCUUCUCCGCGACCUUCGCGGGCACCUGGUUCCUCUUCGGCGUCGUGUGGUACCUGGUGGCCGUGGCCCACGGAGACCUGCUGGAGCUGGGCCCCCCGGCCAACCACACCCCCUGCGUGGUGCAGGUGCACACGCUCACCGGGGCCUUCCUCUUCUCCCUCGAGUCCCAGACCACCAUCGGCUACGGCUUCCGCUACAUCAGCGAGGAGUGCCCGCUGGCCAUCGUGCUGCUGAUCGCCCAGCUGGUGCUCACCACCAUCCUGGAAAUCUUCAUCACGGGCACCUUCCUGGCCAAGAUCGCGCGGCCCAAGAAGCGGGCCGAGACCAUCCGUUUCAGCCAGCACGCGGUCGUGGCCGCCCACGACGGGAAGCCCUGCCUCAUGAUCCGCGUCGCCAACAUGCGGAAGAGCCUCCUCAUCGGCUGCCAGGUGACAGGCAAACUGCUCCAGACCCACCAGACCAGAGAGGGCGAGAACAUCCGGCUCAGCCAGGUCAACGUCACUUUCCAGGUCGACACGGCCUCGGACAGCCCCUUCCUCAUUCUGCCCCUCACCUUCUACCACGUGGUGGAUGAGACCAGCCCCUUGAAAGACCUCCCCCUCCGCAGCGGGGAGGGGGACUUCGAGCUGGUGCUGAUCCUAAGCGGGACGGUGGAGUCCACCAGCGCCACCUGCCAGGUGCGCACCUCCUACCUGCCCGAGGAGAUCCUCUGGGGCUACGAGUUCACGCCCGCCAUCUCGCUGUCAGCCAGCGGCAAGUACAUAGCCGACUUCAGCCUUUUUGACCAGGUCGUGAAGGUGGCCCCUCCCAGCGGCCUCCGCGACAGCGCCGUGCGCUACGGGGACCCCGAGAAGCUCAAGCUGGAGGAGUCCUUAAGGGAGCAAGCGGAGGAGGGUGGCGCCCUCAGUGUGCGUAUCAGCAACGUCUGA